AAAGUGCAAACGCGAAUAAAAAGUAAGCUGCAAAGGAAGGAAAAAAAAGUGUUUCGUGACGAUCGUGAAAAAAAACGAGAAUUUGUUGUGUGUUCUGCUGAGCUGCAGUCCGAUCGCGAUCAAACCGUCCAGGAGGUGUCCGCGUCUCGGUUGUUGACUCGCCUGUUCCGAUCGGUUCCGGGGUUGGUGCAUAAACAAAUCGGAUUUUUAGUUGAUCAAAUUUGCGUCAGCUGAGAGUGAGAGCAGAAAAGGGGAAAAAGAGUUAAAGGGAUCUCUGACCGCUGAGCAGCCGUCCUAGCAGGUUCCGGGGGUUGAGUGCGUGGGUGGAUUGUUCCGUGUUGGGUGUAAUCGAUUUGGAAGAGGGGUUUGCGGGACGUCGAUUUUCGUGGUUGAGUUUGGCAGUGAAAAAAGCAAAUUUGUCACACGCAAACAUGGCGGAAACGAACCAGAACACUAAUCAGGAGCACGGAAUGUUCCUGCCGUUGGAUGCCAACUACAACAACCGGAAGCGACCGCAGAAGAAGCUGAGCUUCCAGCCGAGUCCCGUUCCGACCAUCACGAGUCGAACGCCCCCGCUGUCGGACAAAACCCGGGACCGGAUCAAGAUGCAGGCCACCGGAAAGCUGCAGAUUGCGCCGAACCAGAUCUACGACUUUACCGCGGACGACCUGAUAGACGAGGGCGAAAUCGGGCGUGGGGCGUUCGGCGCAGUCAACCGGAUGAAGUUCAUCCGGACGGACACGGUGAUGGCGGUAAAGCGGAUCCGGUCCACGGUCGACGAGAAGGAGCAGAAGCAGCUGCUGAUGGAUCUGGAGGUGGUGAUGAAGUCCAACGAUUGCAACACCAUCGUCACGUUCUACGGCGCACUGUUCAAGGAGGGCGACUGCUGGAUCUGCAUGGAGCUGAUGGACACGUCGCUGGACAAGUUUUACAAGUUCAUCUGCGAGUGCCAGCACGACCGCAUCCCGGAGUCGAUUCUGUGCCAGAUUACGCUGGCCACGGUGCGAGCGCUGAACUAUCUGAAGGAAGAGCUUAAGAUUAUCCAUCGGGACGUGAAACCGAGCAACAUUCUGCUGAAGCGAAACGGCGACAUCAAGCUGUGCGACUUUGGCAUCUCCGGCCAGCUGGUGGACUCGAUCGCGCGGACCAAGGACGCCGGGUGUCGGCCGUACAUGGCGCCGGAACGGAUCGACCCGCAGCGGGCAAAGGGCUACGACGUGCGCAGUGACGUCUGGUCGCUCGGCAUCACGCUGAUGGAGGUGGCCACCGGCAAAUUUCCCUACCCCAAGUGGGGCUCCGUGUUCGAGCAGUUGUCACAGGUCGUCGAAGGUGACCCCCCGCGGCUGUCCCCGUCCUACAACGGCAUGGAGUUCUCCACCGAUUUCGUCAAUUUUGUCAACACUUGCCUGAUCAAGGACGAAAAGGACCGGCCCAAGUACGGCAAGCUGCUGCAGCACCCGUUCGUGCAGCGGGCCGAAAAGAGCCACACGGACGUGUCGGCGUACGUCGGCGAGGUGCUGGAAUCGAUGGCCAACAACGGCAUCACGCCGUUCACCACGAACCUGCCGGCCGAGCGCUGGAACGAGAGCUUCAACUAAUUUCCGGGUGGUUUUUUUUGUGGCUGGUUUGUGGGAGCGGGGGUUUUCGGAUUGGGUUUUUUUGGUGGUCCGUUGCGGCAACGGAAUUGCGUGAGUGGGUGCGAGAUUGCGAGAAUGAAUGUCCCCCUUUUUCGCCUCCCCCCGCGUUUUGUUUGUGAUGUUACUGCAAGAUAAUUGUUGAAAAAUGGUCGUCGAAAGAGAAAGAGAGAGAGAGAGAGAGAUUGUGGAAGCAUGUUUGUAAGAUCGUGACGCAGACAAUAAAUUGUCUCCCAAGAUUAGAACUUUUCGUUGCAAAUGUGUAUGCGUGUGUGUUUGUGUACAUUUUCCAUAAAACGUUCCAAACAGGUGUGAACGAGUGCUUGUGCUUGUGCGUGUGUGAGAUUGCGCGCAAAUGAUUGUGAUUGACCUGUAGAGAUUCGAUAACUUUUAAAUAAAAUAUUAUAUAAACUAAUUACUAUUGAUAAACAAGGAAAGGGAUGUGAGAAGUAGAACACAGAAACUCACACACACACAGAAAGAGAAAACAGAGUUAGAAGAUAAAAAUAGUCGAGCUAGAGUGGCACAGAAAGAAAGAUAGAAAGUGGAGAGAAAACUAAUUGUUGUUAGUUGUUGAAUAAAUCAAUUGAUUUUGAACGCUAAGAAAUAGACGCUUUUUAGAGAUGAACCGUUCAGAUUAAUACGCUAUAAAAAAAUGCGGUAACAGUUACAUUAAAGUACAGCAAAAAACGUUCGAGAAGAGCUCGCCCCUUCUCGCAGUAAUCAAACCAAUAAUUCUAGAUUUUUAACUACACCUUCGGGCACACAAUUCCUAAUCUCUCAGUCCAUUUUCGCAUCUCCAGUAAAAGAAAGAAAAAAACAGCAAAAAGUAAUAGAAUACGCAGUGCAAAAUUUAAAUCUUUUCAGUUGCUUCAGUUUGGUAAAACGAACUUCUUCCCCGAGUGGCUUUCAAACGUACGCUAAUCCAAGCCGCUUAAAAUACACACUUUCCUCUUGCCUUAACUCGCCGUAUCGCUGAAUAUAACUUUUUAUACUUACGCAAAUAGGGGGGAAAAGGAAGUGAGUAGAACACACAAUUCACACCAAAACACAACAUUUUCACAAUUACACCAACACAAAUCGAUAGAGAGAGAGAGAGAGAAAGGAAAUAUUUUGCAAACAAAACAAACAAUUAAAACGCGCGCUUUUUUCAGUUCAAAUUAGUGUUAAUGUAUCUGCUUUGAAAAGAAUUAAAAACGAAAAAUCUACCCUCAAUGAGCUUAUCUUCUAGUACCAACUCUCAGACAAAAAUAAAACACCUUCACUAAGUUGCACACACAAAUACACCACUUAAAAACACAAACACACUAACUACUUCUAGAGAUCCGGAACCGAUUGAGCGGAACUUAAAAAAAAGUAAUCAUUAUACAAAAGUUUUAAACUAAACUAAAGAAAGAGAGAGAAAGAGAAAAAGCAGCCGAGAAGAAAGCCGCAGAACGCCAUACAUAAUAGAAGAAAGCAUUUUUUAAACCUUGUUUUUCCCUAGGAAACAAAAAACUUUCAUGGAAACACACGGACAGCAACUCUACUGUUACGCUAUAGGAAAACAAAUAAAUACACACACACACACACACUGAAUAGUUUGCACGACACACAGAGAAAUGAUACACACUUAAAAAAAAUGUGAGGAAAAGUAAUCAACAAAAACACUUGAAACCAUCCUGUUAGUUUAGGACAUGAAAAAUAAACACAAGUACACAAACACACAGGAGAAGUAAAACGAGGAGAAACUGUGUGGAGUCCGCGGGUGGUAGGCGAAAGCGUGCGCGCGCGCGCGCGCUUGCAAGAUGAGUAAGAUUAAACCAUAAUGCAAUAUUAGAGAAUUUGA